CUUUGAGAAGUUCCCCAACCAUCAAAACAAACAUUCACUGUAUCUAAUGUCAGUGAACGCAACACUUGUUUACAUUGAAUAUCAGCCUGCAGUAUCAUCAUGACACUGAAAUCAUGUUGCAUUUACAGCAUUGGAGUUUUUUCUAUACUCAUUUUGAUCCUGGGUAUUUCUUUGAACUUGUCUUACGUGUUUCCUCACUUUCUACAGUCGGUGGUCAAAAAGGAAAUAGUUUUGAAGAAUGGUACAGAUGCAUUCAAGGCCUGGGAGAAUCCACCAGCCCCUAUUUACAUGCAGUUUUACUUCUUUAAUGUGACCAAUCCCAUGGAGGUGUUGGAUGGGGAGAGGCCUGCUGUGGUGGAGGUUGGACCAUAUACAUACAGAGAGUACCGGCCCAUGGAGCAGGUCAACUUCAACAGUAAUGGCACUAAAGUUGGGGCUGUCAGCACUAAAACGUACAUAUUCGAGCGAAACAUGUCCCGAGGUCCGGAGAGCGAGCUCAUCAGGACCGUCAACGUCCCUGCAGUGUCGGUGAUGGACAAAUUCAAGGACAAUCCUAUUGUAUCCAACCUGAUCUCCUCCUACAUGAAAUCCACCGACACGGGCCUCUUCACCACCCGCACAGUGGGUCAGCUGCUGUGGGGAUACGAAGACAGCCUGCUUAAAACCCUCACAGUUUUUGAACCGGAUCUAGAUGAUAUUUUUGGACUUUUCUAUAAGACCAACGCGACCAACGAUGGUGACUAUGUUUUCUUCACUGGCCAGGAAAACUACAAGGACUUCGCUCGAGUGGAUACGUGGAAAGGUGAAAGCCAUUUAAGUUGGUGGACAACUGACGAGUGCAAUAUGAUCAAUGGAACCAACGGAGCAUCUUUCCACCCAGUCAUCAACAAGGAUGAGACUCUCUAUAUGUUCUCCUCCGACCUCUGCAGGUCUCUGUACGCCGUGUUCGAGGAGGACGUGUCAGUGCAGGGGAUCCCCGGGUAUCGCUUCAGUCCCCCUAGCGAGGUCUUUGCCAAUAUGACCCUGAACCCAGCCAACACGGGCUUCUGUGUCCCUGCAGGGAACUGCAUGGGCUCUGGUGUGUUGAAUGUCAGCGUCUGUAAACAAGGAGCCCCCAUCAUCAUGUCGUCACCACACUUCUACCAGGCAGAUGAGAAAUAUGUUGAAGAUGUGUUUGGCAUGAGGCCGAGCAAGGAGCUGCACCAGACUACAAUUGAUAUCCACCCGCUUACAGGAAUUGUCCUGCAAGCAGCAAAACGGCUUCAGAUCAACGUCCAUGUAGAGAAAUUAUCCACCUUCAGUCAAACAGGAAACGUGAGGACAGUGGUCUUUCCGGUGCUUUAUCUCAAUGAGAGCGUUGUCAUCGACGACACAUCAGCUAAAGUGUUGAAGUCAGUUGUUACCCAGGAGAAUGUUGUGGACAACAUCCCGUUCAUGCUGAUUGGUGUCGGCAUCAUUCUGGGCGUGGUCUUCAUGUUCCUGAUGUGUCGGCAGAAAAUCCCUGAGAGCACUACAGAUGAGCGUCAGCCCCUUCUGUCAUCGUAGCACCAAUCAGAAAGUGAAAGGACGAGAACAUGUUUUCAGUAUCAUUCAACAUUUCACAAAAAAUCCGUGAAUACACAAGUUGUACCUUAACAUUUAAACAGCAAGUUUUCAUAAUACCACAGUUUGUGUUUCUAAUGGUUAUAAGAGACAAAGUGAAGGAGCAGUGUCCUCUGUGUGUGUUGUUCAUGUUACACGGCAAGGCUUCCUUUUCAACUCAUUUUGUAUUACGCUGAAGUCCUGUUGUUUUUUUUUAAUCACAUCUUCAAUUCUGUUGAUCUUCCCUUUUCUAUCUAAACAUGUGAACAAGUUCUUUGGAUUAAUAUAAAUACGAGAUAAGUAAUUUAACUAAAGAAAUAAUUUUAACAACCUUCUACAUUGAAUUGAAAUUGUCUGGAGGGUCACUUUUUCAAUCCUCCAGGAAUAUAAGAUAAGUAGUGUAGUUAUUUAAACGAAGCCCAUAUUUUUGUGCAAGAAUUGCUUCUUUCUGGAGCGUGUGUGAGUGUGUGCGUUCGUGUGAGUAUGUGUGUACGCAUUCAUGUGUGUGUGUGUGUGUGUGUGUGUGUGUGUGUGUGUGUGUGUGUGUGUGUGUCUGUCUGUCUGUCUGUCUGUGUGUGUGUCUAUGUCCAUGAAAUGUGUGUGAUAAUGACGACGUCAUCCUGUCUGUGUGUGUUUUUUCAAAGGAGAGUGAACAUCAGAGUUCAGUGGAGGUUGUAGGUAGAAAAGUUUUUACAGCUGAUUCAAAGGACGGAAAUGUCCUUCACUUCAAAAAGGUUGCAUAAGAUUCUUCAUGGUUGUAACAUUUAACACUGGCUAAAGCUCUGCAUCUUUAAUGAGCUGGAUCUGACUCAUUACAAUGGCAUGUACUCCUUCAUAUCCUCCAGUGGUAAUCCUGUAACUCACAUUACCUUUAAAAAUACUAUAUAUGUGGUAUAACAUCAAUAUCGUAUUACUUCAACCAAAACAGUAUAAAGUGAAGAUUUCUCUCUUGUCUCGUGAUAGUGUGAUGGAACAUAUUUUCUGUCCCUCAAUUUCAAAAUGUUGCUGAGUGUGCAGUUUUGAAUUUCUACUGAUAGUCUGCUCCAAUCAGUGUACAAACAAUGCUGUGCUGGUGGAACUACUGACAAAUAGAUGAUAGAUUUAACAAAUAGAGACUUGUGUUUGUUUUUCUGUUAACCACUAGAUGGUGAAAUUAGUCAAAAGCAUUUGAUCGCAUUCCUACGACUUUUAUGGCAAAAUCUCUGUCCAGCACUGAACAGAACUUUACUUCAAUGUGUAUUGUUUUGUAAGUCGUACUGUAGCCACUGUUUCACACACCCAAUUGACGCUUUAUGUGAUCUUUUUUUUUUAUGGUCCUUUUUUAUACUUAAAAGAGAAUAUUGUUUACACUACUUCUCCUACAUGUCAACAUCAAUAUGUUAUUAAUGUAUCCAUGUUUAGAACAGCUCACAUAUCUAACAUUUGCACAUUGUUGUGUCUUUUGCCUGAAAUCCAAUAAAUCUGCUUCAUAUUCUCUAAA